AUGGCUCCCAAGCCUAUAGACAAGAAACUCCUAGUUGAGCUUCAAGCCCAAAGAACUUUAAAGGGCUCGCCAGCCUAUAAGAGGCCAAAAUUUAUCUCUGGUUGGACUAGGAGUAAGUCUUUUGGAUCUUCAUCAUUCCCCUUAACUCCUCUGACUUCCAAAGGUGCUAAAAAGAUAGGUGUUAACCUGGAGGUUGUAUAUAAUGAGGAGAUCAUCCUUCUAGAUGCCUCCUUAGUUAACCUUGACACUACUUUUUCUCGUUCCAAGAGCAAGGGCAAGGGAAAAGCUAUGGAGACCACUGAAUAG